GGUUCUCUAAAUUGCAAUAUGGCGGCGGAGUGGAGUCUUCAGACUCUUCACCAGCGAAACGAUCAAGCUCAGGUUUGCGAACUCUGGGGCCUGCCUUUUCAGAUCUGCAGGACAACGCAAGUGUCUUUCAAAAGUCUUCCAACUUCAAGCAAGCACUUCCAGAGGAGCUGUGCCUGCUCUAUCCAAAAUUUUCAGACGCCACCUCUCCUAGCAGCCUCCGACUUUGCUUUCAAGACUGAAACUGAGCCCCCUCUCCUUGUGUAAGUUCGCAAAAAGUUGCGAUGGCCGUCCGGUGGCAGGCGCAAGGCCAGCCUGCUGUCACCGAUGAGUGGUUGAGCCAGGCAGCAAACUCGAGGCAUCCGCCAGAGGAGCGGCCCUCGGUGCGUGCGCACCGGUUGACUGGCGAUCUCCGAGACACACGAGAAACGGCCAACAUGAGCGUGGUGGAAGACUUUGACUACUGGCGGGGGAAGCCGGACCUGGCGGUGGCGGUGGCGGCCAUUAAGGCGCUGACAGCUGUCAUCAAACGGAGCAAAGCGACCACCAUGAUGGGCCUCGAGAUCGAGCUCAAGAGGGCGUCCGAGGAGCUCAAGGAGCGAGAAAAGUCGUCCAUCUCACUUGCGGCGGGCUGCGAGUUGUUCCUGCGCUUUGUCACGCGGACGUCAGCACUGGAGCACGAGGACAUCAACGCGGGGAAGGAGCGGCUCAUCGAGCGGGGGGAACAGUUCUCGGAAAUCUCCAUUAAGGCGCGGCAAACGAUCUCCAAGGUGGGCGCGGACUUUGUGCGGGACGGGUGCACCAUUCUGACGCACGGCGUGUCGAGGGUCGUGGUGUCGCUGCUCAAGCUGGCGGCGUCGCAAGGGAAACACUUCAGCGUCAUCUGCCCAGAGGGCCGGCCGGACGGCAAGGGCAUCCAAACGGCACGCGAGCUGACAGCUGUCGGCAUCCCGGUGACGCUGAUCCUGGACACCGGCGUUGCUUACGUCAUGGAGCGUGUCGACAUGGUGCUGUGCGGUGCGGAGGGCGUGGUCGAGAGCGGCGGCAUCAUCAACAACCUGGGCACGUACCAGAUCGCGGUCGUGGCGCGGGCUUUUAAUAAGCCGGUGUACGUCGCCGCGGAGAGCUAUAAGUUUGCGCGGCUGUACCCGUUGGAUCAACGAGAUCUGCCCUACGAUCCAAAGCCCGUCACCUUUGCCGAGCCGCUGCCGCCCAACAUGAAGGUCGACAACCCGUCCCGAGACUACACGCCCCCUUCUUGUCUAACGCUGCUUUUCACGGAUCUAGGCGUUCUGACGCCUUCCGCCGUCAGUGAUGAGCUCAUCCAGCUGUACCUAUGACAAACCUUGCAAUAGGGUUUCUAAUAUGCUCGCUUGGGUUCGAAACAUGAUAAGGUACCUACCCUUAAAAGGCCAGGAUCAGAGAUUCUCCGUUCAGGUAACGGCCGCUGUGUUUCAGCGCAGGACAGUAUUCACGUGUUCCAACAUCGUGUGGCGUCGCAUACGGCUGAUGUUGAAAUCAUG